GCUCGAUCCACCUCCACCCAUCCUCGGGGUCCGUCCCAGUUGGACCCUUUGAGACUCUCAUCUUCAACAACCUCCUCAAAUCAACCUAUAUCCUUUCUCCAAUCAUAUCUACCCGGAAACCCUUUCCUACCAAACCCCGUUGUUCGAACGCGCCCUGGCCACAGUUGGGGCAACCGAGUCGGCACUCGCUUUAUCUCCGCUUGGCAUGAUUCCGAGUCGAUCGAGCGAUUGAACAAGCCUUCGUUUUCAUCGCAGGAGAGGUCGAGAUAUCUACUCCUAAACGGUCUGAUCAUGAACCCAGUGAACUCGAUUGUGGGCAAGUCCCUUCCAGUACCAUCGAACCCUCCAACCGCCCAAGCCGGACCAACGACCUCGAGCUUCGAAUCCUCUCGUCGACCAAGUCAAGCCGGUUCUUCAUUCUCUCAGUCUAUCCCGCGGAAGACUCAAGGUUCCCGGAAACAGCAUAGAAGCCAGCGCCGACCCGGGCCCGGAGAGAGGGCAAAUACCACACUGGACGAAUACGAUGCCAUGGCCGAGCUCAGGGCAAUGAGAAAUCCUUCGAGCAGGCGGGGCCAGACUUCCAUUACACAUCUUCUAGACUACUCGACUCCUCGGCCGAUCCAGGACCACAGUUUUCAUGCGAGAUCGUAUCGUCGGAAUCCGACAUGGGGGCCUGGGUCUGGAUACCAUGCUGCUGACAAGGCACGGUAUGUCCACGCCAACUAUCGCUUCAUUGUUUCUCCAGAAGGCGCAUACACGAAGAAUGCAUCAGACCCCGACAUGCUUCUAGAUUGGACUUUAGUGAUGCAGGUCGUGGCUUCAAGCGAGUCACAGACUUCAUCAUGUCCGAUUUGCCUCUCGGAACCGGUGGCGCCCCGGAUGGCGAAAUGCGGUCAUAUCUUCUGCUUGCCUUGUUUGAUCCGAUUCAUGAACUCUAGCUCCGGUGAAGGUGAUGGCAAGUCCGUAAAGGCAGUCCGGUGGAAGAAGUGCCCUAUCUGCGAGGACAGCAUUUACUUGCAGGAUGUGCGGCCGGUACGGUUCUAUGCGGGCCAGGAAAGCCCACUGCCUCGUGUUGGUGACGACGUAGUGCUGCGUCUAAUGGCCAGGAAUGUCAAUUCUACGUUGGCCCUGCCGAGAGAAGGCGGUGCAGACGUGUUGAACUCUGGGGAGGAUAUCCCGUGGCAUUUUGCCGCCAAUGUCUUGGACUACGCGCGCAUCUUGAAGGGCUCCGUGGAGUACAUGGCUGCCCAAUUCGAGGAGGAGAUUUCGGCUUUAGAGCAACAAGCGAAAGAGGAUGAGACACUGUUCGGACAAGAUGGAGAAUGGACCCAGAAGGCGAUCCGAUUAAUCACGACCGCAAAGGAGAAGUUGACAGACCUCACCAUCGCUGAAAUGUCAACAGUCGUACAGCAGUCAAAUCCGGCAAAGCCAUCAUCAGACUCCGACUUUUAUUUCUACAGCUCGCCGCCACAUCUAUACCUCUCCCCCCUCGAUAUUCGGAUCCUGAAAACCAAGUACGGUUCGUUUUCGUCAUUCCCGUCAACUCUAUUGCCCCGUGUCGAGCAUAUCUCCACGGGUCAUGUGGUUGAUGAUGCAAUGCGCAAACGGGCCAAGUAUCUGGGCCAUCUGCCUCGUGGAUGUGUUGUCAGCUUCUUGGAAUGCGACUGGACUGAUAUUGUACCAGCGGAGACGCUGGCCUCAUUUUCAGGCGAGAUUGAGCGUCGACGGAAACGGAAUCGCGACAAGGAGACUCAGGAGGAACGGGAACGUCUCCAAGCGGAGCGCCUUGAAGCGGCAGCCAUGCGGACUUCGGCAGGCUUCCCGAGGACUGCCGAGCCUCUCCGAGACGACAAUGUGCCUCCAAUGGACCUGUCGGAGUUUCAGCCUCUAGCCGGUCACCCAAACGCUACGCCUCCAGAUCCCCGACCAGGAUUUGAGACUCUGGCCUCGAUGUCAACAAGCCCGUCGACUCAAAGGACGGUUUGGGGUACACGUGUGAUCAAUGGAUCACCAGAAUUGGGGCCAGUCCGUAAUGCAAAUGCCAACGACGGUUGGUUAAAGGAUGAAGACUUAUUUGGGACUGAGGAGCUAGUCAUGCAGAUUCAGGCCAUGGAGGCGGCAGAGAAGAGCCACGCAACCAGCCAGACCACCAGUGGUGGCAGUGGCAGCGCCGGUGGUGGUAACAUCGGAGUUGGCGGGAGUGGCGGAGGUGGCGGUAAGAAGAAGAAGAAACAGAAGAUUACACUGAUGACCACCGGUGGUCGAAGGGGGAACUGAGACUGUUGGGUAUCGAGUUUGAAGACGUCUUUCUCUCUGGAUAGUACCUAGACGGUGAAUCGCCUCGGAGUUGGAACAAGACUUGCACUUCAAAUGGGUUCGGAAUCGGAGUACUCUCAGUCGUUUAAGCGUUCGUUCAAUAGAAAGCUAAUUCCACAUUUAUCAAGGGUCUUAGAGGCCCUAUAAUUGAUAUUUACAGCUAUCUUUUCUAUCUCAAUAUAAUCGGGAGCCUUGCGUUUUGCCCUGCUCGACACUUCACGUCAA